AUGGCAGCGCAGGCUCGAGAUCUGAGCGACCCACGCCUCAAGCCCAUGUUGCAGCCCGUCGAGCAAGCGAAUCAGCCUGAUCCUAGACUGCCGAGGACAUGUUUCGUCACGAUAGGCGCAACUGCUGGCUUCCGUCCACUGUUAGACGAGGUUGCGUCUGUGGACUUCAGGAAAAGACUGCGGGGGCUGGGUUAUACGAAACUCGUCGUCCAGUGCGGACCGGAUCUUGAGUACUUCCAGACAGCUGCUGCACAGCAAGGCCAAGAGUCGGACAAUGCCAGCACCGAGCCUCGCAGUCUGGAGAUAGAGAGCUUCGCCUACACCGACGAUAUUGGCAGCAUGAUGCGCCUUGCUAGCCCAUCCGCUGGCGAGGGUGAGCGAGGCCGACGAGGAUACGGAGUGAUCAUAUCCCAUGCGGGGUCUGGGAGCAUCAUGGACGCACUCCGGUACAACGCCAAGCUCAUUGCUGUACCGAACGAAAGCCUUAUGGACAACCACCAGGCCGAACUGGCAGAUGAGAUGCAGACGCAGGGGUUCCUAGUGUCGGCCAGGGUAGGACAUCUUGCCGAAGCAGUCGAAUUUAUAAGCACACAUACCCCCAAGCAGUGGCCACCUCAGGAUCCUCAUGCCGGAGCCGGAAGCAGGGAGAAACACCACCCGACAGGCUUGUACGAUGCUAUCAACCUUGGCAUGCCACCUGGGCCCGACAAAACGGACCCGCAGCGUCUGCACAUCGAGUAG